AUGGCGGAAUUCACCUUCAACUCAAAACGACACAACAACUAUUGCUACACCUUCAACUUCAUCUUCUCAUCAAUCCCUUUUUGGGUUAACUCAAUCCUCACCCCAAAUCAACAACAAACAAAAGAGAGAAAACAACAAAGACUUAAUUUACAUAGGAGUGAGAAAAUGAGCUUGGAGCAAAUGGGUAUCCGAAAUUCGAGAACCCAGAAAAAAAUAUCUCGAAUAUGGCUUGGUAUGUACAUUCAACACAACAGAAAUGGUGGCGCGUGCUCACAACGUUGCUGUACUUUGCGUAUAUCAAAGGACAAAGGUGGCUCAGCAAUUCUUCUCAACUUCCCUGAACUCGCUCACUCCCUCAACUUGCUUGCGUCGAAUUCACCGCGUGAUGUUCAAGCUACUGCUGCUUUAGCCGCCGCAAUGGAGUGA